UGCCCGCGGAAGUGACGCCGUUACACAUCCGCUGUGUUGUAGUGUUGGCGCGAGACUUGUGUGCUCUGUAAAAUCUGUCGUAAACAGAGAAGACAUCUUUACAAAACUUAAAACGUACUAUAAACUUUAUGUUUUUUUCUACACGGGGAGCUGUUGGAUACAGAAACAACUGCGAAUAACCAGGAUGGAUUGUGAACUUCUGGCCUCAUGCAGUGCCCUGGGCUACCUGGAGGGGGACGUUUAUCACAAGGAAAUAGACUGUCUGGAGAGUGUUAAAGAUCUGAUCAGGUAUCUGCGCCAUGAAGAUGACACUCGGGAUGUUCGCCAGCAGCUGGGGGCCGCACAGAUUGUACAGAAUGACCUCCUCCCUAUUGUUGUCCAACACAGCCAAGACAAACCCUUAUUUGAUGCCUCUGUCAGGCUUAUGGUCAACCUCACUCAGCCUGCCAUGCUGUGUUUUGGUAAAGUCCCUGACGACCCCGUGUUCAGGAAUCACUUUCUGACUGUGACUGCACACCUACAGGCUUAUAAAGAGGCAUUUGCCAGUGAAAGAGAGUUUGGCGUUCUUAGUGAAACACUUUACAACUUCCUGCAGCUGGACUGGGAGCAGAGGCAGGAGGAGGACAAUCUGCUGAUAGAGAGAAUUCUGCUGCUGGUCCGGAAUGUUCUUCAUGUUUCUGCUGAUCCCAAUGAGGAGAAGAAAGUAGAUGACGACGCCAGCAUCCAUGACAGGCUGCUGUGGGCCAUUCACAUGAGCGGUUUUGAUGACCUGGUCAAGUUCUUGGCCUCGGCACAGAGUGAGCAGCAGUGGAGCAUGCAUGUGCUGGAGAUCAUCUCCCUCAUGUUCAGAGACCAGACUCCAGGCUUGGUCAGUGCUGGUCAGGCCAGAUCAAUGGAAGAGAAGCACAAAGACUCUCAGGAGCUGGAGGCUCUGAAGCAAAGAGAACAGGCCGAGAAGCGUUUCCGCACUCUACAACGAGGAACCAGGCACUCUCGCUUUAGAGGGUCGUAUGUUGUUCAAGGCCUGAAGUCUGUUGGAGAAAAAGAUGUCAUUUAUCACAGAAAUCUUCAUAAUUUUAAAAAUUACACUCAUGACACAGGAAAAACAGUCAGACGUGUUCCCAAAAGGAAUCGCACAGCCACGGAAUGUCAGGAGAAACGGCGAUCUGCGCUAAAUGUGCGUCUCUUCCUUAGAGAGUUUUGUAUGGACUUCCUGGAAAACUGCUACAACCACCUCAUGUACCUGGUCAAGGAAAGUCUGAUCCGAGAGCAGGCUCAGCAGCACGAUGAAACCUACUACCUCUGGGCUCUCAGCUUCUUCAUGGCCUUCAAUCGUGGCAACGGUUUUCGUGCUGACUUUGUUUCCGAGACUAUGUCUAUCCGUACGUUUCACUUCAUCGAGCGCAAUAUCACCAACUACUAUGAGAUGUUACUCACGGACCGUAAAGAGGCUACAUCCUGGUCUCGCAGGAUGCACUUGGCUUUAAAGGCUUAUCAAGAGUUGCUGCUAACGAUCAAUGAGAUGGACCAGUCCAAGGAUGAAAGUAUUCGCCAGAGUUCUGUUGUUAUUAAAAGCAACAUAUUUUACCUGAUGGAAUACAGGGAGAUUUUCCUAACCCUGCUGAGGAAGUUUGAUGAAACACAACAGCCUCGCUCUUACCUCAAAGACCUGGUAGAGUCAACACAUCUCUUCCUGCGAAUGCUGGAACGGUUCUCUAAAGGUCGCAAAAACCUGAUGGUUCAGAGAAAAAAAGUCAAGCGUAGGAAGUCACGGGGGAAGAAAAAUCCAGCUGUAGAGGCGAGUCCAGAGACUCUGCUGGAGGCGUGGAAGAUUGUGGAGGAAGAGCUGAAGACUUCAGGUUUCCAGUUGACAGAGUCUUUAACUGAAAGCAUCGUGCCGUUCGACGCCACUUCUGAAACUCCCCUGGAGGAGCAGCGCACAGACGCCAUGGUGAGAAUCAAGGAUGCACUGCUGGCUCGUCUGGGUCCAGAAGCUCUGGCGCUGCUGCGUGCUGCCAGAGAAGUGUGGCCAGAGGACGACGUGUUUGGUUCAGCCGAUGUGGAGCCUGAGGAUGAACUGGAGCUUCUUAAACAGAUACUCCACGCUGACCUCCCAAGGUCUUCUGCUCCUGAGCCUGUGGCAGAAGAGGAAGACGAUGGGGCCGAGUUGGAGGAAGAAGAGCUGGAGCCUGUGCAAGUUUCAGAAACAGAGUUUAACUUUUUAGAUUUCAUUAAGAGGUUUGCCAGCCCGAACAUCGUUCGUCCGUACCUCAUCCUCCUAAAAUCCUACUCGAAAAACCCGCCCCACACCAACCACUGCAUCGCUCGGAUGCUGCACCGCCUGGCUGUUGACCUCAAGAUGGACGCCUUACUUUAUCAACUGUCGGUCUUUAAUGUUUUCAACAAAAUCCUGAGUGAUCCUGCCGCAGCUGCGUACAAGGAACUGGUCACCUUCACCAAGUAUGUAAUGAACCGAUUCUUCUCAGUGGCAGCGAAAAACAACAAGGCCUUUGUUGAGCUGCUGUUCUGGAAAAACGUUAGCGCCGUGCGGGAAAUGACAGAGGGAUACAGCAAAGAUGGAGAGGAGAAAAAACCAGCCUGGACCGAGGAGGAGGAGGAGGAGCUGCGUAGACUUUAUGAGGAGCACCGACACUCUGAUGUUCCAGAUGUUGUGGAAACCGUGCUGACUCUGCUCAGCAACACCGAGCGAACCCGGCGGCAGGUGGUCACUCAGCUCGUGCGCAUGGGUCUGGUGGAAAACACCAAGGAGCUGAAGAAACAAAAGAAAGGAACUCAGAUUAUACUGUGGACAGAGGAACAAGAGAUGGAGCUGGAGAUUCUCUUUGAGGAGUUCAAGGACUCAGAUGAUGUCCUGGGAAACAUCCUGAAGAAGCUGACGGCCAAACGAUCUCGUGCACGUGUGGUGGACAAGCUGCUGAGUCUGGGCCUGGUGUCGGAGAGAAGACAGCUGCACAAGAAGAGAGGGCGCGCUGCUCAACAGAAGAGUACAGGACGAGGAGUGGCCGAAGAAGACUUCCUGGCCCGACUCACCCAAGAAUUCCCAGAUGAUUCUAUGGACAGAGAUGAUGUGGAGGAUGUAGAAGAUGAGUCUGAUGAGAGUGAGGAAGAGGAAGAGCAAAGGAGGGGAAAGGCAAAACAAAAUGGCACGAGGAGGAGCCGAGGCACAAACUCCCCGGUGGAGAGGAGAACGGAUGUCGUCUCCACGGUGAAGGCUCUGCAACAGAAAGGCAUGUCAGGGCCGCUGCUGUGGCUGCAGAGUUGUCUCAACAGAACAGCGGACGACCGACAGCAUGAUGAUUUGUCCUUUCCUGUGCCGCUGGUCCCUCUGACUGAGGCCAAUGAGGACGCCAUGGAGAACAGGAGUUUCCACAGGCUGCUGCGCAAACUGGGUUUACGUCCCCCUGCAAACGAACAGGAAAGUUUCUGGAGAAUCCCAGAAAAGCUCAGUGUGUCACAGCUCCGGAGCGCAGCUGCAGCUCUGAGUCCAAGAGAGGAAGAAACAGAGGGUGUGGAGGAGGAACAUGAGCCCAAGAGUCCAGAGGAAAACCUCCAUAAGAACAGGGAGGAAGAGGAGGAGGAGGAGGAGGAGGAGGAGACUUCAGUUCCUGUGUUGGAUUUAACUGCUGAAGAUGCAGAAAGUUCAACUAAAAGAUCUCAGGAGAAGACUUCAACUAAGAGAAGCAGAGUGUUGGAUGAUGAUGAUGAUGAUGAAGAAGAAGAGAAAGAGAACGACUCCUCCACGGCAAUGGACCUGGAAGCCAAGGGUGACGCAAACUCAGAUGAGGACGACGUCUCUGCUCCUGUGAAGCGCAGACGGAAGAUGGCUCUAAUUGAUGAAGAUGAGGAUUAGCGAUUUUUUAAUGGACUACUGUAUAUAAGCUGAGCACACAGGAAACAGUGACGUUUCUCACUUUGCCCUGUCUCCAUGAAUCUUAGACAAUAGAAAUCCUGUUAGUGUCAAAUACCAAGGACUCUUGGAAUUCACCUAUGAAUGCAAUGACCAUAAUACUCUGUUGUGUCUUCUGUGAGUGUUUUGUUGUGGUACCUCUGUCUGGCUUUUUCCAAGUUAUUCUUUCUUAUAUUUAAAAAAUAGUCAUAGAAAAAUAAGUAAUUCUAUUUCAGAAGAAAACAAGUUUUUAUUAAAAAAAAUACCUGUUUUCAUGUUUCUGAGUGAAAUUCCUCUUUGCUUAUAAAUAAAAAAAUCACUUGUCAAAGUCG